UCAUAGCUCUCCUAAAUAUAUAAAUAGGGCUGGGGACGGCUCUUCUCCCAAUUCAUAAAGUGCAGCAGGGCGAAGCGAUAAUGUAUUUCUUGAUGCAACAAGACCAAAAAUGUAUGAGCACAGAAUCUUUGCAAGCGAAAAUAUUGGACAUUAAGAAAUUUGAAGAUACAGACAGUAGGAUUAAGGAAAGCCACAUGGCAAGGGCCAAGGUGAAGUUUGAGAAGACAAUGCUGUCACUGGACAUCGAGGCCCGGGAGAUCGAGAGGAAAAUAGAGAUGAUGCGCUUAGCAGAGGAGCGGAAGCUCAGGGCGGAACAGCUCCAGCGCAAGAAGAUGGAAAAAGUUGCACAGCAGAAGGCCCUCGGCUCGCUGAUCACCGCCACACGGAGGCGCUCGCGCUGCGAGAGCGAAAUGGAGGCGAACAAGGCAGCGUUUACGAGCAAGCGGUGCGACGUUAAGAGGGAGUGCAUCGUCAAAUGCAAAACAGCAGAAAAAGAGGCGAAACAAGUGCUGGCUGAGCUCCUGGAAAACAUUAAAUAUGAUCGGAAGGCCGUCAAGAAUGCCAUUGAUCAGAUCAAAGAUGAGUCCGAGAAGCAGCAGCUGGAGGACACUCUCAAGGAGGUCGAGAAGGAAUACAAGCACCGGGUAAAAACCGUUAAAGCUGUGCUUAAGUGGAAGUGCGAUAUGGUCAAGCGGGAGGCUGAAACGAAGCUGCUGUGUAUCGAUGCUAAGGAGAUGAACUACAAGAAACAGCUCAGGACAGAGCUGUACGAGAUCGGCGAAGUAAUCAAGAAGGGAAAAAGCUGGGAGAUCGGGCAAAAGGCCAACGUGAAAAUACCAGCGGCCGUUUUAGAAAAGCUAGAACGGGUGCGCAGCGAAUCCUUGGCCAAGAUCGAGGAGCAGCGCAAGAUCGCCGCUGACAGGUAUGAGGAGAUGCAAAGGAAACACCAGGAGAACAUCAAGAAGGAAUGGCAGGAGGCCAAAAGGAAAGUCAAGCAGGAGCGUGAGGAAAAGGAAAAACGACAACUUGAGAAGCUGCUGGCCCAGGAAAAGAAGGGCAAGGAGGUCCAGGAAGCGGUGAAAAGGCGCUUGGAAAAGGCACAGGAUGUCAUUCAAAAGAAGGAGGAGGAAUGGCAGGCCGAGGUGAAAAGGCGCGAGAAGAAGCGCGACGCUACCUAUAAAAGGAUCAACAAGGAACAGCUGGAAUACAAACUCAGAUCUGGCAACCCUGGCCGCAGCGUUGGCGCAGAAGAAAUGAAUCAGCAGAGGCUUCAAGCAAUAGCUGAUCGAUUUCAACAGCUUGUUAAUCGAGCAUCUGCAACUGAAGGCAGGCCUUCCACUUCUGGGACAAUGGUCGACAGCGGGAUCAACAGUGAAAAAAGUUGUAGUGCCACUCUCCAUGCCAGAAGCUGCUUUUAUUGAAAAAAAUAAGAGAAGAAUUUCCUGCUGUACAAGGUGACUUUUGCCUUUUCAGAAUUGACAGACAGAGGAGAAUCCACCGACUGGAGCUUACUUCAGUCUGUCCGGCUGCUAUAAAAGCCUGUUCUGUGCUAAGAAGAUCAGCCGUUUACAUCAGAAAAAUGGAAAAUGGGGAAGAAGAGGUCAGGAAUAUCCACGGCAUGGGGGAUGGAAUGCUGGAGGAAAACCAGAACAUGUUGGAAGAACAAAACAGGUUGGAGGAAGAGGAACAAAACUUGGAUGUGGUGGAGGAGGAUAAGCAAAAUGGGUUUGAUGAAGAGGAGCAAGACAGAUCAGGGAAGGACAUUUUCAUAGAUCCGGAUGACAACCAGUCUGUUGCAAGAGAAAGUACAGUCUUGCUGCAGUGGCGUGCCCUGCGUUGCCAACAGGAUGAAGAGUAUCAAGUUUCUCUGCAAAUAGACAGAGAAAGGGAGAGAAGGCGAAGGCAACUCCUGGAGCGUGAACUAAGAAGAGUACACGUAAUAAAUACAAGAAAUGAAUGGAUUGAUUCCAUACCAGAGCCUGAAAAUGGGAUGGUCAUUCAGUUUAAAUAUCCUGAUGGUGGCUUAAAAAGGAGGCGCUUCCUACCAAGUCAGCUAUUUCAGAUGUGUUCCCCUUAUUAUAUUUCUCCUCAGAGAUCACAGCUGUCUGCAUGCUUAUAAGUAAUAAAUGUAUUAUUUGAUAAAUUUGAAUUUGCAGGAUUUAGUUGCCUUUGCAGGUAAUGUAGACAUGGCCAGUGAAAUAUUUUCACUCCAGAAAGCUAUGUCUCCUAUCUCAAUCCAAUGACAAUGGAAUCACUGCACAGUGUACUUUGUACAUUCUGUGGAUGUCAGGGGAUGAAGUGGAGGUGAGUUCCCAUUGUAUGUAAUUCUCUGCGAGGGGAUCAUUAUGUUUACUGUAUUCGUUGUAUCGUUUUUAGCCAUUUUAAGUAAGCCUUCAUAUGUUAACUCUGUUUAUCAAUUCAUUUCAGAAUAUUAUAUCAAAUUCAUCCAUAGUAUGUGGCCCAUACCCAGUUGCACCAUCUACCACCUUUUCUCCUGCUCCUUCUACGCCCACCACGAUCACCACCUGUUCUCCUGCCCCCUCUUCACCCAUUGCAGCCCCCAUAUUUUCUCCUGCUCCUUCUCCACCCACCACAAUCACCACCAUUUCUCCUGCCCCCUCUUCACCCAUCCCAGCCCCCAUAUUUUCUCCUGCUCCUUCUCCACCCACCACAAUCACCACCAUUUCUCCUGCUCCCUCUUCACCCAUUGCAGCCCCCAUAUUUUCUCCUGCUCCUUCUCCAUCCCAGAGUCCUUCAUUCAGUCCAUCAAGCCCAGACCAGGAGGAUAUUGAAGAAGCUUUUGACAUUGCUGCUGCACUGCAGACUCUGAAGGCAAGGGUUCACCAUCUUGCUCCUACUGCCAAUCAAAUAAACGUUCUUCAUGAUGAAGAGUUUGAAUGUGCUCUAAGAGCUUUCAACAGGCCAACAUUUGACCCUGAGUCAAAACUAGACAUCGUCUUCAUUGAUGAGGAUGGUCGAUGGAGAAGGGGCCGUAGAUCACAUGUGUCAAACACAAGGCCCGCGGGCCAAAUGUGGCCCGCCACGUCCUUUUAUGUGGCCCGCGAGAGCUUGUAAGAUCUUAGUGUCUAUAAUAAAUAGGUAGGAAGCGUGCUUUGACCAAAAACUACAUUUCCCACAAUUGUCGAUUGUAUUACCCGCGAAGUUACGGCUUACUGCCACUACACGGCAGUGUAAUCAUUGAUGUGGAAACCGGAGGGAAGGCGUAACUUCGCGGGUGGACUUGAGACAUACAAAUGUUUAUCCCAUAAUGUCCGUUUAAUGACGUUAAUAAACAUCACUGUGACAGCGCUAGUCACAGUUUCACCGCAGCAAAGGAGGAGGACGUGAAUCACUUAUCUAACCAGCCUCUACUAAUUUCUGCCCCCAAUAGCCUUUAAUAGUCUUCAGUAGCCUUCAACAGUCUAACCUUGCAGCCGUGGUGUGUCCACUAAACUCCGUAGUUAUAAACAUGCUGAGGUUAGCAGCGGCUAACUGACCUGUUUAUAAUGUAAUCCGAGCAGUGCCUCCGUGAUGGCUGCUCUAAACUGCUGCUGUUAGCUGCUUGUGCUGAAAGAUGAACUGUAGAGAGCUGUAUUAUCCGUUUAGUGGGGUUAAAACCUUUUUUAUUUUCUACACAGAAGAACUUUAAAAACUGUAAAAACGUUCCAGACUGGCUCAGCUGAGCCCUGUAGCCCGUGGCUGGGUUGCAGCUCUGACUGAGUGACUGGCUUGUGCUGCU